UAUGAGCCGGUGACGGCCAGCUGUUUAGCCAGGGAGCCGGAGUUCCUUGAAACCCCUGAGACAGUGGCUAGUGAUCCCUCCUCAGCGCCGGUCAAAUCUCUCCCUGCCUCCCCUCUCUCCGCCCCCACCCUCUCUUUACAUCGCUCUGUGUGUGUGUGUGUGUGUGUGUGUGUGUGUGUGUGUGUGUGUGUGUGUGUGUGUGUGUCUGGAGGGACGCAUGCGGCUGGAGUAGAGUCCCGGCGUCUCCUGGAGCUGAACCAACCCCAACGGAGGCGGUCGGUGUGCUACUCCCCCUCUUUGAGGCUUCCCGUCGGCACGCGGCGGACAAAGCAGACGGCUGUCCCCGUGCUGCGUCGCAGACCGGCCAGAAAGCAGCUUGCCAGAUGGAUCUGCACUCUGUCGCUGCUGCGUCGCAUCUCUCAAAGUGAGAAGACUCGCUCUGCAAAUGUGCGUCCCCUGCUUCACAAACUUGGACCACUGCCUCUUUUCGUGGCGAGCGAAAUCCAGGCUUCUUUCCAGCGCUGCAAACCUCUGUCACUGCUGACUAACGAUGUGGUGGACGGUGGUGUGACACCGCAAAGGGACAGCCCAAUACUAUCACUAAACUAUUACCAAAUCAACUUUUCCUCUGCGGAUGAAGAUUUGUUUGCCCGGUCUAUGUGGAAGUGCUCUGGGAAUAACUGGAGUAACUGAGUAUAAAUUAAAAAGUAUCCUACGUCUUUAAUUUAUAGGUGUCUAUCAUUCCACCUGGACUAACUAAUCUGACUGUUCAAAGUCAAACUGGAAGGGAUGCAAAGGCGAGCAUGAUGCUCUGCUUUCUUACCUUCUGUUGUUGCUAACGCACAAAGGGAGCGAAAUUGGAUUGUAAACUAUGUGGAGUGAUUCCUGAGGAUUGAGUCGCUGCUCUCCGCGGGUGCAUGGAGAAGAGCAGCCCGAGGAUGACGGGAGUAACCCGGGAGGCGCCUGUGAACGCCUCUCCGGCGGUUGCGUCAAACGCGGAGGGCGAGGAGAUCGAGGUUUUGGAAAGCACCGACGUCCUCCCAGUGGCUCCAGAGGACCAAUGGAAGUCUCUGUUUGACAAGUAUGACCCAGAGAAUUCGGGCUUCAUCAGUACAGAGCGGUUCAGGGACCUGCUGGCGACCCACGGCUCUGAGCUUGACCCCCACAAACUAGAAGUCCUAUUGGCCCUCGCUGAUGGUAACGCCGAUGGAAAGAUCUGCUACCAAGACUUUGUCAACCUGAUGAGUAACAAGCGCUCCAACAGUUUCCGGAGGGCCAUCCUGCAGGGGAGCAGGCAGCUAAAAGGUUGCAAUCUCAGAGAUGAGGCGGACUUGGGGCUGUCUCAACGGCUGGUCCGGCACGUCGCCUAUGAGACACUGCCUCGCGAGGUCGACCGCAAGUGGUACUUUGACAGCUACACCUACUGCCCCCCACCCUGGUUCAUCCUGGCUAUCACCAUUGCUGAGGUGGCCGUGUUCAUGUACUAUGGGUUCCAGCUAGACCGCUUGGUCCUGCAGGUAUCCAGCCCGUCCUUUCUAAAGAGCCCCUUACCUUACCACCCCCAGCUACGAGCCCAGGCCUGGAGGUACCUCAGCUACAUUUUCAUGCACACUGGGAUUGAACACCUGAGCCUGAACAUGGCCAUGCAGCUGCUGGUUGGAGUCCCUUUAGAGAUGGUCCACGGAGCCCUGCGGAUUGGACUGGUCUAUGUGUGUGGUGUGCUGGCAGGGUCGCUGGCGGUAUCUGUCACGGAUAUGACGGCUCCAGUGGUCGGCUCAUCUGGUGGAGUGUACGCUCUGGUCUCAGCACAUUUGGCCAAUGUAGUAAUGAAUUGGUCGGGAAUGAAGUGUCAGUUUAAGUUAUUUCGGAUGGCCAUGGCUCUGGUUUGCAUGAGUGUAGAGUUUGGUCGGGCAGUGUGGCUGCGGUUCUAUCCACCGGCCUUUCCUCCAUGCCCCAAUCCUAGCUUCGUAGCUCACCUGGGAGGGGUGGUGGUUGGUCUGACGCUAGGUGUGGUAGUACUGCAGAACUAUGAGCAGCGACUCCAGGAGCAGUCCCUAUUUUGGAUCUUCUUCUGCGUCUACACCUUGUUUGUGCUCUGUGCCGUCUUCUGGAACAUCUUCGCCUACAGCUUGCUUGACGUGCGACUGCCCCCACCACCUUGACUUGCUUAUUAGAGGCGGACUAGACUCUGUAGCCCCUUUAUCCCUCCAUCGGUAGAUCCCUGACCGCCUGGCUGGAUGAGUCAGCCCUCAUAUUCUGAGCCUCAUUGUGUGGUGAUCGGAGUCAUCUGACAGCCACCCUCAUCCUACAUCCAGCGCUCUGAUGCAGGGAUGCACCUGACAUGCAGCAGCCCUUGCUGUCGGUCUCAUCAUACCUUUUUCAGCCCACCUGCUCCCUUUUUCGUUUAGCAUUACCAUUGUUUCCACUUACCAUACAAGCUAACCUACAUCUGUUCUUUGUCUACAUCUCUGUUGGACGUUUGUGUCAAGAGUAUCAGUCGGUGGGACUUUUGUUGACAACACAAUGACAAAUGAGAAGUCUCAGAUCUAAAACAACAGGAACAAGCAGGAACACUCCUGUCCACAUGGCUUAACCUUCUCUGCCUCUUCCUACACAAUCCAACGGUGCCUUCUCAUGGAGAUGUCAGCCUGAUGAAAGUAUUUCUGCACAGUUGCCUCUUGUGUGGGGUGACAGUAGUAAAGCCCUGCAGUAUAAACCAUUUUCAGACACAAGAGUUCCUCAUAAUCCUGUAAUCUGCCUGCACCCUCAUCAUCAGUAAAUUAAGAAUAAGGUCAUAUAAGAAUAACCUCUUUGUUUAGUUAGUGUUAUGUCAUCAUUACAAGCAGCUCAUAAACAUGAAAGGUUUAGAUUAAACAGACAGCAGGAUAGCUAAAUCUCUCCAAGUUUGUAGUGAGAGCAUGGAGUAUAUAGGCUACAGCAACCUUCAAAAGUUAUUAUGAAUUUACCUUUGAAGGAAUGUGGGUUAGUUGCCUUCAGACUUUUUGUGUGCAGGUUGUGUGACAAAUGUACCAUUGUGCAUACAGAUAAAAAAAACGAAAGAAGCAGAAGUGCCAUUCAGGCUUUUAAGCUUUCAAAAACGAUGCCAAAACAUUGCUACAGGCAUUUGUGCAAGCAAAAAUACAUCUAAUAUUGUCUGUAAUGAGUCAGUCAUACGUAUGUACUGUAACAGAAAAUCAUCGCGAGAAAAACUAAAUCUCUCACUCACACCCUUUGAAUUCUUGUCAUUUGCAGUGAUGCAGUGUUUUUUUGCGACUGGUUAAAAAUAGCAAAGAAGUGGCAGAAGUUUAUUUAUUGAUUGGUGAGGUGGUGAAUUAAGGCAAAGUGUAAUUAAACUAAUGAAAACACUCACCUGUGCCAUUCUAAAUAAAUCUAGUCUUUCUUCUCAUCACCAAACAUAGAAGAGCAAACAUGCCUGACCUCGACUACAUCUGGGCUGAGGUCGUUUCACUCUCAUAUCAGGAGGCAUUGGGUGAAAGAAGAAAAUCAAUGCUCCCUCAUUAGUUCCUGUCACAACGUAAAUUGGCAAUUGAUUGGACCGGGAUAGAAAACAACCCCAGCCCUAAGCUGCAAGUCCCAAACUGUACUUUAACCUCAUGUUACGCUGGUAACUGCUUUGCACAAACAUUAUUAUUAUGUAAUUAUAUACAGAUUAAUAUUUUAACAUGCAUUUGCUGUUGCUGAUUGUUUUGUUUUUAACUUUGUGAUAUUGGUAUAUUGUGUAAUUUUUUUGGUCUAUCUGCAUUGUGAUAUGUUAGCUAUAUCCUGUAUGUAUCCUAUUUAUUGAUUUGUUAAAUAUGGUCUGGGGUUGUAUGUAAUAAGGGCUAUGACACAAAAGUGAGUGAGGGAUAAAUCGCUGAUAAUAUUUUAACAUUGUGCAUAUUUUGUAGAUUUGAUAUGUACAUACUGUAGUACAUUAAACAGUUUUAUACAGAAAAAGAUAUAUCUUUAAAUUUUGCCCUCAUUUAUAUCAGUUUUAACUCAGGUCACACAUAUUUGCAUGCACAUAUACAAACAAAUAAGUUUUGUUCAAUAUUCUUGGGACAGGAAUUACCCCCCAUUGUACAAAGAAAAGUGCAAGCAGGUUUCCAGCCUUGAAACCAGAGUAAUUUUAAACUCCAACCCCAGUGUUUAGAGAGAGCUCAGGGCCCCAGAGUGGAGAACCGGGUGAAAAGAAGCAGACAUCAAAGUGAUCAAUGAAAUGUGUGAGCAUACAAGAAUCAGCCAUAAUUCAUUCCGAGAAGGGACUCCUAAGCUGUCACUGAAUGUCUUCUCUGUCUAGCUGGUACAACCAUAUGGAGAGUAGCGCCUUUGUAGGCUUACAAUGAAAAAUUCAUUAGGUGGCCAAGGAAAGCCGCGUCAGUUGUGUUUCCCCUUCAUAAAUCUAAAAUUUUAGAGGUAAUCAUUCAUCUUGGUGAGAAAGAGAAGACAAGUGAAGCUGCAGGGAAGGAAUAUCGGUGUGAAUGUAUUUGUAGUGUAUCUGCAUUUAGGCUGCCUGCUGAGAGCAGCACUUGUUAGAAUUUGGCCACAUUUUAAUUUGCAUUUCACUUCUUUUUAGGUUACAUGCAAGAAGUGGGACUUAGGUUGACAGUUUACACAUAACUAUUACCAGUGUUUCUAACAAGCUGAUGGUGAUGAUGGUGUGACAGUGGCGUCGAUUAAGAUGACUUAAGUACUUAAUCACUUUGUCAUCCUAUUCCGUCAGCAUGUGUGAGCGUUAUCAAUGCAGUAUGUUGCAUGUGUGUCUAUGUAUGUGCACGUGUGUAAUCUGUGUACUUAGUAAAAAAUACAAUUAUUUCUGCUUUUACAAUUUUUUGACAUGAAAGGCAUGUUGGUCAGUGCACAUCAGACAGUGCCUUGGCUAAAGCCCCAUUUACACCUGGUAUCAAAAUCCGAUCUCUUUAGUAUUUACAGGGCACAGGCAGUUAUGACCUUACAUGGUCAAAAGUAUGUGGACACUGGUGCAUUACACCUAUGUGUUAUUUUGAACACCUCAUUCUAAUACUAUGGGUAAAUAUACAGCCUUCACUCUCCCUGGCUGCUGGUACAUGCUCCCAUUUGGCCACAUUAGUGAGGUCUGUGUCACAAUGUAUCCCAAAGGUGUUGGAUAGGGUUGAUGCCAGGGAUCUGUGCAGGCCAAUCAAGAUCUUCCACACCUAGGAGACCAUUUCUUUAUUGACCCGUGGGUUUGUGCAUGCGGGUAGACUCUCACGUUGAAAGAACAGAGUUCCUUCCCCAACUUGUUGCCACAAAGCUGGAAGCAGCUAUUGUCUAAAAUAAUAGUGAAUCCUGUGGCAUUAUAUGUCAAUAGAACAGAGGAAACCAUGAAAAAGCCCCAAACUAAAAGAAUAAAAACUAUGUUGACAG